AUGCGAUUACGAUUAACGUGUGCACGUGAUGCUUUUUGUCUAAUGGAUGACACAGUAAACGGUUAUGUAUACAAUAUAAGUGACGCUAGUUUAUUAGUACGUCGUGCAAAAGUUUCACCAGGAAAACUUUUAGCACACGCCCGUAUGUUAGCUAAAACUACUGCUAAAUAUCCGCUGACCAGAGUUGAGGUUAAAGCUGUUUCAAUGGCAGCUGGUGUACAUGGCGAGACUAUGGACAACAUCCUUCAUGGCCAAAUACCUAGAUGUUUAAUCAUCGGUUUUGUUGAUAAUAAAGCAUUUAACGGCGACACUUCGAUGAAUCCUUUCACUUUCCAAAAUUUUGGGAUUAAUUAUUUAUCACUGUAUGUUGAAGGUCUUCAAAUACCGUCAAAACCACUCCAGCCUGAUUUUGGAAACCGAAUGAAUUAUAUAGACGCUUAUUACACGUUAUUCUCAGUCACAGGUAUACAUUUUUUGAACGAAGGAAACUCUAUAGACAGAUUUGAUUACCCUAACGGCUAUUGUUUAUAUGCUUUUGAUUUAACGCCCGAUUUAUCAGCUAAUAAUAACACUCAUUGGAAUUUAAUCAAGCAUGGUACAGUUCGUAUAGAGGUUAGAUUUGAUAAAGCACUGGCUACAACUACAAACUGUUUGGUAUAUGCUGAAUAUGAAAGUGUUUUAGAAAUAGAUGCUUCGAGACAAGUAACUAUAGAUUUCGCCGGGUAA